AUGUCUUCCGCGGUAGCCAAACGUCUUUCAGGGAAGACAAUUCUCAUAACCGGAGCAUCUAGCGGUAUCGGUCGGGCAACCGCUUUGGAGUUUGUAAAGACCGCUCCGGAUGUCCGGUUGAUCCUUACCGCACGUCGACAAGAGCAGCUCGAGGAGCUCAAGACGGAGAUUGGAACUGUAUCGGGUGCGGUGGAGGUAUUGGUGAAGAAGUUGGAUGUUAGUGAUCCGGCGGAUAUCAAGAGGUUUUGGACAGAGCUGCCGAAGGAGGAGUGGAAAGAUAAACUUGACAUUUUGGUUAAUAAUGCGGGUUUGGUGAAGGGAUUGGAACAUGUUGGUGAUAUUGCUGAGGAAGAUGUCAACAUAAUGUAUAAUACCAAUGUGACUGGUUUGAUAAAUAUGACACAGGCCGUUAUCCCGCUGUUCAAAGCCCGUGACGCAGGGACCAUUAUCAACAUCGGUUCGAUUGCAGGCCGAGAGCCGUAUCCCGGGGGGUCGAUAUACUGCUCUACCAAAGCUGCUGUAAGAGCAUUUACAGAAUCCUUAAGAAAGGAGUUAGUUAGCACAAGAAUCCGAGUUGCUGUCAUCGAUCCGGGCCAAGUGGAAACAGAAUUCUCGGUUGUGAGGUUUAGAGGAGAUAAAGCCAAGGCAGACGCUGUUUAUGCGGGCGUCGAACCUUUGACCGGAGAGGAUAUUGCGGAGAUUGUACUGUUUGUAGCUGGAAGGAGGGAGAAUGUUGUUAUCGCAGAUACAUUAGUAUUCCCGUCGCACCAAGGCGGGGCGUCCAGCAUGCAUAGAAAGUAA